AUGAGCGCUUUGAACUCCAGUUUAUUACAAAAUGAAUCUUUUUUUCGUCCAAAAUACUUUUUCAUCAGUGGAUUUUCUGAAAUACCUUUUAGUAAAUACUACUUUGUUUUCUUAAUUGUUGUCUACAUGUUCACACUGUGUGGAAAUUCAGUUGUUCUUUUAAUGAUAUUAAUACACAAAAGUCUGCAUAUUCCUAAAUACAUGGGAAUCUUUAAUUUGGCUCUUUCAGAUUUUGGUGAAACAAAUGCACUAAUUCCUAAUCUUGUAAAGACAUUUCUUUUUGAUUCACAGUACAUAGCUUAUGAUGCUUGUUUGGCUAAUAUGUUUUUUACUUUUUUCUUUUCUGGUGGACAGUCUUUAACUCUUGUUGUUCUGGCAUAUGAUCGAUUUAUUGCCAUUUGCUUACCUCUGCGGUACCAUGCUAUUGUAAAUAACUCCUUUAUGUUUGCAAUUUUAACAGCAAUAUGGGUAUUUAAUUUUAGCAUAUUUGGCACAAUGGUGAUUUUGAUUACACGACUUUCGUUCUGUAAAACCAAUGAGGUAAAAAGCUUCUUUUGUGACCAUGGGCCAGUUUACAAAAUUGCUUGUAAUAACACCAGCCUGAAUAUGUUCAUGGCAAGAUUUUGUAUUAUAGUUUACCUUUAUGUACCAUUGACUGCCAUAAUCUUAUCAUACAUUGGCAUUUUUUUGGCCUUAACUAAGAUUACAACGUGGAAGGGUCGUCUUAAAGCGUUCAAGACUUGUGGCUCUCAUCUGCUGGUAGUAGGAAUAAUAUUUCUUCCGGUAUUAAGUACAUACCUUGCUGUUAUAACAUCUUCAAUUCAUCCUAAUGUUAGGAUAAUUAAUACUUCACUAUCAUUCACAAUUCCAUCCAUGUUAAAUCCCAUCAUUUAUGUCUUGAAUACUAAGGAUUUCAGAAAGGUCCUUGUAAAAAUGCUUAAAAAGAAUACUCCAGUUAAUAAAGUGCAUGCUGUAACAAAAUGA